UGCUACAACUUUCGCUCUCUCUCUAAUCACCUUUUUUUAUAUAAAAGCCCAGAGAGUUCUGCCACUUUUUGGAUGGUUGAUCUGGUCCCAAGCGUACAUUCAUCAGAGUUUUGAAAUAUACAGACAACAUGGCGAAGCUCAUAUUGCUAACAGCCUUGUGCCUGGUGUUAUUCCAGCUUGCACACAGCAACAGAAUGGAGUGCUAUUUCACUAACUGGUCUCAGUACAGGCCUGGCGAUGGCAAAUUCCUGCCACAAAAUGUAGACCCCUUCCUGUGUACCUCUCUUAUCUAUGCCUUUUCCAUCAUCAAUCAUGCCAAUGAGCUGGUUACCUAUGAAUGGAAUGAUGAUGUUCUCUACAAGGCCUUCAAUGACCUGAAGACAAAGAAUCCCCAUUUAAAGACUCUGCUGGCUGUUGGUGGCUGGAACUUUGGCUCAACUCAGUUUUCCAUCAUGGUCUCCACUCCAGAAAACCGCCAGAAGUUCAUCCAAUCUUCUAUUAAAUUCCUGAGGACUCAUGGAUUUGAUGGACUGGAUCUGGACUGGGAGUACCCAGGUUCACGUGGAAGUCCUCCUGAAGAUAAGCAAAGGUUUACUCUUCUCUGCAGGGAACUUGUUGCAGCUUAUGCAGCAGAGGCUGCCGCCACGGGAAGACCUCAGCUCAUGUUGACUGCUGCAGUGUCUGCUGGAAAAGGUACCAUUGAUGGUGGAUAUGAGAUUGCUGAGAUUGCCAAGGAACUGGAUUUCAUCAAUGUUAUGACCUACGACUUCCAUGGAACUUGGGAACAGUUUUCUGGGCAUAACAGCCCUCUGUACCGUGGAUCUGAGGACUUUGGUGACCUCAUCUAUUUCAACACUGACUAUGCCAUGAAGUACUGGAGAGACAACGGCACCCCAUCAGAGAAACUGAGAAUGGGCUUUGCAGCUUAUGGUCGUACCUUCCGUCUGACAUCAUCAAAUACAGGUGUUGGAGCCCCAGCUAGCGGACCUGCAUCAGCCGGACCAUACACCCGGGAAGCAGGAUUCUGGUCCUACUAUGAGAUCUGCAACUUCCUGAAAGAUACCACCGUCCAGUGGAUCGAUGACCAGAAAGUUCCCUAUGCAACUAAAAAUAAUGAGUGGGUAGGAUUUGACAACAAGGAGAGCUACAAAAUCAAGGUCAGCUACCUGCAGGAGCAGAAGUUUGGUGGUGCUUUUGUAUGGGCUCUUGACUUAGAUGACUUCUCUGGAAAAUUCUGUGGAGAAGGCAGCCACCCCCUGCUGUCUCAUCUUCGCAGUCUUCUGGAUAUUGAGCUUCCACCACUGCCCUCAACCACAACCCCUAAACCUGGUGCGAGCACAACGUCUCCAACCACAACCACCACCACCACUGCUCAUGCCCCAGGACCUGGAUUCUGCAAUGGCAAACCAGAUGGACUGUACGCCAACCCAGACGACAGGACAAGUUUCUACAUGUGUGCUGGAGGCAUCACUCAUGUGAGGUCCUGCGGCACUGGAUCUGUCUUUGAUGAUAAAUGCAAGUGCUGCGUUUGGCCUUGAGCUUUUCAUGGUACUGAUGUAAAAUACAGGUGAUACCAAGAAUGAAAAAGAUUUAAAAGACAUCUCAAUUGUUUAAAUAAUUAUGCGACACUGAGUGCCAUUACUUAUUACAGAAAAAUCUGAAAUGCUGGUGAAGCAUGGGGCAAAAGAACACACACCAGCAAAAAGAAAUGACUAAUGUUCUCCUUAAAAGCUUUCAAUGUACGUUGUUGGAAAUAAAGUAAUAAAACACUGUCA